AUGUCACCACCCUCAGUGUACGAAGAGAAGGAAGACGGUGCAGUUGAGCACCUCGAGGACGGCCACCAUGAGUUAGACUUUGAUGAGGACAACGGCAAAGCCUUGCGGCCCAAGACCAUUAUGGCUCUCAUCGCCCUGACGUUGACCUUUGGGAGUCAAUUAGGAGUUGGUAGCAAUAUGACCCCCUCUAUUCUAUCCGAAAUUGCCGCUGAGUUCGAUGCCACCUCCGUUCAAGGCUGGAUUUCAUCCGGCUGGCUCAUGUCGACUUGCGUCGCAUUCGUAAUCUCUGGGCGAUUGAGCGACAUCUUUGGCAGGGGAGCGAUUAUCACGUUCUCCAACGUUCUCGCUAUGGGGGGCUUCGCCAUGUGCGCUUGGGCGCCAACAUUCCCGGUGCUCAUUGGAGGAAUCGUUCUCCUUGGCGCAGCUGGCGGUCUCGCGCAAACAGCGACUGCCGCUGCGUGUGAGAUCGUUCCCAACAAGUACCGCCCGUUGGCGAUUGCCUUUUUGGAAAUGGGUAUCGCCCCAACGGGAUAUCUCGCUGGCUCCACCUUCUCGCAUAUGAUCAUCGCGCACACCACGUACAAAUGGGUGUUUCGCCUGGGAUUGAUCUUGUGCGGCGUCGGCCUUGUCCUCUGCCUUCUGUUCUACCGUCCUCCUGCUCCCCUUCCGGAAGAUGGCAAGACUCGAGCCCAGCAGUUCGCCUCUCUUGAUUUUAUUGGCAUGGCUCUCUUCAGUGGAGGUCUGUCCGUUUUCUUGAUGGGAGUAAUCUGGGCCGGCGGAACAUACCCUGGCAACAACAUUCACGUCUACCUCCCCAUCGUUAUUGGCCUCGUCACCCUUCUUCUCUUUUGUGCUUGGGAGUGGCGUAUGGGCGAUGACGGACUCGUUCCUCCCCACCUGUUCAAGGGCAAGACCCGCUCCUUCACUCUCCCCAUCGUUUGCCACUUUGUCGCCGGCACGGUGUUCUUCUCCAUGAUUGCCCUGUGGCCAAUUCAGAGUGCCCUCUGGUACACCGAUUCGCUCGUCGGUGUCGGCCUUCUUGGUCUCCCUGCGGGAUGCGCCGUGUUCGCUGGCGGCUGCCUCAUUGGCCCUUUUAUCCCCAAGCUCGGCCCAACAAACCGCCAAAUGCUCUUCUGGAUGACUGUGAUGGUCACGGCCGUCGCGUGCAUGGCGGCCCUUACCUCUCACACCAAGGUUGGCGCCAUCGCUUGCCAGGUCAUUGCGAAUCUCCCGUUCCACAUCAUUGUCAACCUCUCCUUCCUCUCGGUUCAGUUCUCGCAACACGGCAAGGACAUUGGCAUUGCGACCGGUCUCUCUGGUGCCAGCCGCAGUCUGGGCGGUACCGUUGCUGUGAGCAUCUACCUCACGAUCUUCGGCGCGCGCGUGCCCACCAAGGUUCCUGCCGGCAUUGCAGCCGCAGUCGCCGACGAUGGCCUCUCGUCCGAGACAGUGGCAUCUCUCAUCGGCCUCCUCAUGGACUCCAACACUACCGCUGCCGCCGCACUUCCCGGCAUGACGACGACGAUCCUCGCCUCAGCUGUUGAAGGCAUGAACCAGGGCUACGCCCAGUGCUUCAAGGCCGUCUACCUCGCAACCCUUGGCUUUGGUAUCCCGGGCAUCAUCGCUGCCUACUUUGUGGAGGACGUCAGCGAGCACUUCACCGACCACGUCCGCAUGGACCUUAACAGGAGCCGGCCCCAGGCAAUCGAUGACACCAAGGUCUAA